AUGGCGAGCCUUGCCGCUGCACCCCAUCUCAUCGUCGCAGGAGCACCUUCCCUCUCCGCCUCCUCCCCCUCGCGCUCCCUCUCCUCCUCCGCCCGCCACGCCUCCUUCCCCGCCACGCGCCUGCGCACGAAUCCGCGGAGAUCAGCAGCAGCAGCGGGGAGUGUGUCCGUGCGCGCGCACACGGAGCCGGCGCAAGCAGCAGUGGACCGCUCAACCUGCCCUCCGGUGAAGGCGGAGGUUCCGCUUAGCGCGCUCGAUGCGCUCGACCUCCGUGUGGGCGUCGUUGUGGACGCCAAGACGGUGCCAGACGCAGAGAUGACGGCCAAGAGAGGCAAGCCCACUGACAGCCGCACCUUGCUGCAGGUUAAGGUUGAUGUGGGUGGAGAGGAGCGAGUGGUGGUGUCCCCGUGCCGGUAUGUGAUGGACGUGGAGGAUGCCGUGGGCAAGAAGGUGCUCAUUGUCGUCAACGUGCCUCCUGCUGAGAUCAGCGGCAUUCGAAGCCAUGGUGUUAUCCUGACUGGCUUCAACUAUGAUCCAACGCCCAUGCCCCGUAGCUUCAAGGUCAUCUUGCCCGGCUUGGACGAAGCCGAUAAUAAAGGAGACAAAGUAGUUUGGAGAAUGAGCAGCAGCGAGGGAGCGGCCGUGGCGACGGCCACGACCGGCGUAGUUAAGGAGGAGAAUAAUCCAGCAGUCGUGGAAUCGAGUGCGAGAUCCGGCGACAGGGAGGCCAAUGGGACGAUCGGCGACGUCAAGCGACCAGGCGACGACGCUGUGGCACCACAGGAUGACGACGACGUGGUGGAGCAGGCGAAAGAGGGCGACGAUCGCGAGCCGACACCGCCUGAUACGGACGACGCAGUUGAAGAUGAUCCGAUAGUGCCCGACCCGUUAAUCACAACGGACAUGCUCGCGGAGCAGCGGCAGCUGGAAGCGGAGCGGAGGCAGCGGGAGGAGCAGCAGGACGCGGAGAGCGAGGAGCGCAUGAGGCGCGAGGGUGUGGAGUCGGCAGCGCUGACGAAGCUGGACGUGCUUCUGGAGAAGACGAAGCUGUUCUCGGAGUCGCUGCUGCAGCAGAUGGACGACAUCACUCUGCUGCCUGUCCCUACACCCCCGCCACAAGCAGACUCCAAGGGCGAGGGGGGAAAGAAGCGCAAGGGAGGCGGCACAGGCAAAGGGAGAGGGCGAAAGAAAAGCAAGACCGAUGUGCCAGAGGAAACUCUCCAAGAGAAGAUCUCAGCCGCUCCUUCCGCAGCAAUCAACGGCAGCGGCGACGCCGGCAGUGGCGCAGCAACCACCAAGGAGGAGGAAGAAGCCGCGUUGCUCCGAGAGCAGCGGGAAAUCGCACCGAACCUCACAGGAUGCACGCUCAAGUGGUAUCAGAUCAAGGGCGUCAAGUGGCUGAUUUCCCUCUGGCAGAACGGGCUGAACGGCAUCCUGGCGGAUCAGAUGGGGCUGGGAAAGACGGUGCAAACUAUCGCGUUUCUAGCGCAUCUCAUGAGCCAUGGGAUCUUUGGGCCGUUUCUUGUUGUGGCGCCGCUUUCGACGCUGUCUAACUGGGUCAACGAGGUCAAGAGGUUUGUGCCUACAGCGAAUGUGCUUCUAUACCACGGAAGCAAGGACGUGCGGACAGAGCUCCGGGAGAAGCACAUGCCCAAGCAGGUGCGGGAGGGCUUUCCGAUAAUAGUGACGUCGUUUGAGGUGGCCAUGUUUGACCGCCGCCAGCUGCAGCGCUACCACUGGAAGUACAUCGUUGUGGACGAGGGACACCGGCUGAAGAACAUGCACUGCAAGUUGAUUCGGGAGCUGCGGCAGCUGCCAGCGGAGAACACGCUGCUGCUGUCAGGCACCCCCCUGCAGAACAACCUGCAGGAGCUCUGGUCGCUGCUCAACUUCAUCCUUCCUGCCAUCUUCUCCGAUCUCCAUGAGUUCACCUCCUGGUUCGACUUGGCAGGGCGGCAAAGUGGUGGGGUGGAUCAGAAGGUCUUUGACAACGAGCGGAGGUCACAGGUGGUGGCGAAGCUGCACCAGAUCCUGCGCCCCUUCCUGCUGCGGCGGAUCAAGGCAGACGUGGAGCAGUCACUGCCCAAAAAGAAAGAGAUCGUGCUCUAUGCGCAGCUGACAGCACACCAGAGGGAGUUCCAGGACCAUCUCGUGCAGCGCACUCUCGAAGACUUUCUCAACUCCACCAUCGCCACCUCCAUGUCACGGACUCGUCUCAACAACGUGGUCAUGCAGCUACGCAAGAACUGCAACCACCCGGACCUCCUCUCCUCGCAGUUCGAUGGCUCCUACAUGUACCCGCCAGUGGACGAGAUGGUGGCGCAGUGUGGCAAAUUGAAGCUGUUGGACCGCCUGCUGCCGCAACUCAAGGCCCGGGGGCACAAGGUGCUCAUCUUCUCGCAGAUGACGCGCCUGCUGGACAUACUGGACUACUAUCUGGAGGAGCGCGGCCACCACCCCUUCCGCCUCGAUGGAUCCGUCAAGCUCGACGACCGCCGGCAGCAGAUAGAGGAGUUCAACACCAGUCCAGAGGCGUUCAUCUUCCUGCUCAGCACGCGGGCAGGCGGGUUGGGAAUCAACCUCACAGCAGCGGACACCGUGAUCAUCUACGACUCGGACUGGAACCCCCACCAGGACAUGCAGGCCAUGGAUCGCUGUCACCGCAUAGGGCAGACGCGCCCCGUGCACGUGUACCGCCUUGCCACUGCCCACUCCGUGGAGUGCCGGGUGUUGGAUGUGGCGCGGGGCAAGUUGAAGCUGGAGCAUCUGGUGAUCGAGAAGGGGCAGUUCCAGCAAGACAAGGCCGCGCCUGCCAAAACCAAGAUCGACGAGUCGGAGGUGCUGUCGCUGCUGCGCCCGGAGCGCUCACAGCACGAUGAGCUGGUGCAGUCUGCAGAGAUCAGCGACGAGAACUUUGACCUCCUGCUCGAUCGCACCGACAUGCUUCACUCUCCACCCACUCCUCCUCCUCGUGCUGCUGCUGGUGACGAUGCGAAGGGGAGCGGUGAAGGGUCGGGCGGUGGGGGGGAGAAGGUGCCUGGUGUUGUGCGGUCGCUGCCAGUUGCCGGGCCUGGAUGGGAGGUGGUGGUUGCAGGGACGGCACCAAGCAGUGUGCUUUCCUCCAUUGGCUGA